UUUUACUCAAGAAACAAAUUUCAUACGUUAAAAUUGUGCAAAAAGCAGAAUUUGUUGUACUAACUAACAAAGCUUCAGAUUUAAAUUAUGGUCUAGGAUUAUAUCAUUAGAUAAUUAUAAAAUAAUAGAAAAGAGAGCUUUAUCUAAGCAAUUUAAUGUAAUUAAAGCACAAAAGUUUAAAUUGUAUGACUAUCAGAGUUGAAUUUUUAAUCUUGGGAUUAUGUAAAUUCACUUUGUGCAGUUUCUGGAACUUGCAUCAGAAACAUGAAGAAGGUUUCUGUUGUGAGAGCUAAUGUCAAAUCACUUCCGAAACAAACAAAUAUGAGAUUUUGUCAAGGGGAUCAAGAAAAAUCAAAGCCAUUUUGCUUAAUGGAAUCAGAUUGCAUGGUGGAAUCUCAAGCAGAAUAUAUUGAAAAUCUGCAGCAACAGAUUUAUGUGCUGGAAAAGGAAAUCAGUUAUUUAAGAACAUAUCUGCAAGAAAGUAGCAAGCAGCAUCCUUCUAUGAUUGCAGAAGGAGAAAAGAUGGUGAAGAAAUUGGCAGAUUGUCAUAAAGAAAUUAAAAACUUGAAAAUCGAGUUGAAAAGAAAGCAGACCUCUGUUGAUUUGAUGCGAUCAGAGAGAGAUAGGAUUCAGCGAUAUACAGAGGAAUUAGAAGAAAAAUUUCGAAAAGAAAAAUGCAGUCUUUUGGAGGAUAUCAUCACAAUACGUAAGGAGCGAGAUGCAGAACAAGACAGAAAUCUUGAAACUGAGAAAUUUAUGAAAGAGCUACAGCAAAAUAAAAGGAAUUUGCAAGAGGACCUAGAUAGCAUUCGAGUGGAAAUGGAGCAAAUAAAAAGAGAGAGACUUCAUGAUAAAGAAAUAAUAUGUGGGUUGCUUGAAAACAAAGAGAAGUUACAAACAGAUCUGUUUGAAGCAAGGAUGAGAGAAGGUGCUAAACCCUGUGAAAAAAAUGAAGAAGCUAUAAAAGUAUUAAAAGAUCAAAUUGAAAUGCUUCACGAACUUGCUGAAACAUCAAAGAGAUCAUGUGAUCAUGAACGUCUGCUCCGAGAGCGAAUGGCAGAAGAUAAUUCUGAGCUCAUAAAGAGGCAUGCAGAACUAGAAUCUGAAUUAGCUGAAACCAAAGCACAACUAAGGGAGGAACAAAGUUUGAGGUCUUCUUUGGAGCAAAUUCAUCUUACUACUGUUCUUGAAGCAUCUGAAGCUAAAAGCCGAGACCUUUCAUUGAAAGAAGAAAUUGAACAUCUGAAGAACUUAUUAAAAGAGGAAUCUGAGCGAUCUUAUGCUUUAGCAUUGCAGGUAGCUGAUGAGCAGCGCUUUAAAGCUCGUGAGGAAGAAAAAUUUUCACAUCUUCAACAACGAUUUGAUCAGCGAGAAGAAAACAUUAAGGCUAGAGAAAAAGAAAACAUUGAACUUCUGAAAGAUAAUACAUACUUGAAAGACCAAGUUGUCCAUCUAAAGCAACAGCUUCAAAACAGAGAUGAUGAAGUCUUGAGUUUGAAACAGAAAGUGCAGGAAAUGCAAGUUUCAGUGGAAGAGUUCAUUCAGAGUAGUCAGGCAGCAUCACGUCUUGCAGGGGAAAGAUGGAAGCAACUUGGACAGUUGGCCCAGAGCAUACAAGCACUCACUUGCAUAGCAGAACCAAACUCUUGACUAAUCAGAUUUAUUUAAAUAGAACUAUAACUGUGUAACUAAUGUAUCACUGAAACUUAUCACAAAAAGUUUAAUAUGUCUAGGUAUUUAAUAAAUUUAAAUAUUUAUUUUAAUUAGAGUAUAUAAAAUUUCUUAUUUAUUUCUUGUAUUUCUCUAAAACAUUAACAAAUAAAGUGGUG